AUGGCUGACAUACAAUCAUCAGAUAAUGAUUCACGUAAAAAUUUUUAUAAACUAGCAGAUCGACAUAUUAAUUCAUUAAAUAUCAAAUUUCAACAUAAAACAGUUAUUACAUGUGCUUUGAGUGAAAAGAUAAUUGUCGGCUUACAAAAUAAAUUAUCCUCUGAAGAAAAUAACUUACGCUUUACAUCUUGGUGUUGUUAUUCAUUUACUUUACGAUUGAUUGGGAAACAACAAUUUUUAUGUGAUAAUAAAAAUGGAAAAUCAAUAUUAUUAUAUGAAAAUAUGUAUGAUGUUUUUAAGAAAAUUCAUAUUGAAAUUGCUCAUGGUGGUUGA